AUGACAUCGGAAGACUGCGCUACUGUCCUUGAGCAAUUUAUCCACGAUGUCGCAAAUUUMCCCGCCGAAAUCACGCACUUGAUGGAAGAAAUCCAAGCCAAAGACAAAACCAUCCAAGAAUGUCGCACAACGAUCAACUCGCGCGAUAACAGCAUACAGAAAUUCAUUAAGCUCAACGGCAGUCUCGCGCCGAAUCCCAAGGAGGAACAAUACAGCAAAACGAUUCUACAGAACCUUGACCGAUGCCAGAGCCUGCAGGAUGAAAAGAUUCAUCUAAGUGAAAAGGCGUGUGUGUUGCUCGAUCGGCAGAUCAAGAAACUGGAUAUCAAGAUUCGAGAGUUGGUCAAGGAUGGAAUACUGUCGAAUGMCCCGCCGUUACCGUCGUUGUUGGACAAUAAGAAUCAAUAUGCAGAACUCCCUGCGGCGUUUAUGCAAGAUUUGGCAGCCGCAGCGGCAACAACGUCUGAUACUUCAACCGCAUAUACACCCUUAAACCCUACGUCUGGAAACGCCGCGACACCCGUAUCGGCUGCUCAACGAAUGGGUCAAGCCGCUUCCCGUGCAGCUAGCAUCAAUCCUUUAGCUGGUCAUCAGACUCCGACAAACCGUGGCUCUGCUCCAUCCACCCCAUCUGCAGCGACCUUGCAUCUCCAACAACGACAACGAGAAUCAUCCGCGGGUGCAGCUGACAGUAAACGAAGACGCUUGAAUGGGUCACUCGGCACACUCCCCACCGCGCCUUCGAAUCUGCGUCAAUCAUCGCUGGGACCCGGCACUCCCAAGGCUGGGACUCCAGCUGCAAGCCGUGCGGGGAGUGCAGGUCCUCGUGCAACGGGCAUCAUUAAGAAAGCCGCUACCAAGAAAGUGGCUCCGCAUCAACAAGUUAAGAAAAUCAAGGCUGCCAGCAGCACUGCAAAAGUCAUCAAGCGCUCAUCUAGCGUCGGCUUGAAAAUGAAGGGACACAAGAAGACGCCUUCGACUGGAGGCAUGGACGAUGACGAGGACGACGAUGAUUCUAUGCUUAGUAGUGCCGAGGUGUCUGAGUCGGAGGGCGCGAGCGUCACGACUACUCGACGUAUGGCCGGACACGGUCCAAAUACCAUGGCAGAUUCUGACGAAGAACUGGAUGAUGAUGAGGAUGAGGGUGGUGAAGAUACAAAGGUCUAUUGCACUUGUCGCAGUGUCAGUCAUGGUGAUAUGGUGGCUUGUGAUAACGACAAUUGUCCGUAUGAGUGGUUUCAUUGGAAACAAACUUUGGGUAAAUAG